GGGAUGGAGGCGCCCGGCAGCCGCGGGCGGCAGCUCUCCGUCCUGCUGCUGUGGGUUAAUGGUCUAAUGACACUUGGAUUAACAGGUGCACGUCAACAGUCUAAUCUCUGCAAUGAAUCCCUCAUGUUAGAAAAGUUGCCUGCUUGUGGAAAAUCCUUUGAGGAGAUGAUGAAGAAAGUAGACUCUCGAAAAUGGUGUAACCUGACAGAAUUUAUCAUGUAUUAUGACAACUUUACCCAGUGCACAGAACGUGAAGCCAACAAUGCAAGUUGCUUUUGGCCAAACCCCCUUGCAGAGGGCUUUAUCACUGGAAUCCAUAAACAGUUCUUUUCAAACUGUACUUCUGAAAAGGUUCACUGGGAAGAUCCACCAGAUGAAAUUCUCGUAACUCUGAUCUUGAUCCCAGUCAUGCUGACAUGUGCCAUGAUAACAUUGGUAGUAUGGUGCAGUAAAAGAAGUGAUAUCCUGGUUUAAGUUGCUACUCUUGGCUUUCUUUUUCCCAUUUCUUUCUUCUAAAAAAUGCAGAGGGAAAAGAGAGGAACAAUAUAGCCUGCAGAUGCAGAACCUGAGAGAUGCUGAGAGAGAGGAUAAUCUUGUGUUCAAACAUCUGCUGCUGAAAGUCAUUGCUUCUGAGCUGGCUGUCAGUGCUGCUAAUAGAAAGCUUUCUACUAACAUCAGGAUUCAUAAUCAUGAAGUUCACAAACCAUUCUAAGAAGCAGGAGUGUCCCCGGAAAUGGACCUGUUAGCUACAAGGGGGCUAAAAUUACUUUCCAAUAAUUAAAGCUGAUUGAUAAAGUAUGUUCUUGAAGACAGUAUGUAAAUGUAUAUAUGCUUGCUACAGCAUCAACUUUGGGGGAGUCAUCUGGAGAGUCUUGAAUGGAAGACCAUAUGUAAAGGAAUCAAUCAUGAAUGUAACCAAUGGCAACUUUUUCUGGAAGCUACUAAACAUCGUUAUCAAGAACUGGAAAUAUUGGCAAAAAAAGCUAUUUAUAUGGCCAGUGACUCUCCAUAUUUUAAAAGCCAUGUUUUAAAAGAGUUUAUAAAUGCCUUUUAAGCAUGGCUAGUCGGAGUUGAAUGGAUCACAGAUGUUGGGAAGGAUACAGAUACAUAUACGGGAUACAUAUUUCACAGAGUUGAAAAAUGUGAGAGGACAGAGGAUGAUACACUAAGGAGCAGUGAAGAAAGUUUCAUGCACCAGACUAUUUUUCCUCUUUUAUAAUUAUUAUUCUUGAUGACUUGUGUUCAUUGUAUAGUCCCCACGCUUGCUUCAGAUUGCACAAGUGAUGCCCUGCAAAUAAACACAAGGUGUGAUGUUGAUUGAGGUGCCUUUCAGAGAAUAAUUUUGUACAUAAAUCAAUUUUCAUCAUGUGAAGAACGUGGGAACUAAAGUACGAACAUCAAAAAGUUGUAAACGUUGUUUGGAAACAACAGACAGAGAAGGAAAAUAUCUGAUUAAAAGUCUUACUCAAUGAAGUAAUUCCUAUGUAACAAAUAAAUAUCAUAUGACUAAAAUAAAACAACUUCUA